AAAAAAAAAAAAGCGGCAAGACUUUCGGGGAAUAUCGGGUAUCACUGAAAAAUACUCAACUUCGUCAACACGAUACCGUAUUGGGAACUAUUGUACCUGAUAAGAACCUCGAGUCUUCGACCCUGAAAGACGAAGAAUUCGCUCUCGGAUUUAAAGAGCUUUGCUUUGGAAGUUGUGGAUCCACAACAAUGUCAUGGUUAGCGAGAUCGAUCGCGAACUCUCUCAAACUCGACGACGACGAUGAAAACGAAGUCGUCGCUUUCAACGAUAACAAUGCCACCGCCCCAAAAUCACCGUCGAAAUUGAAUCCCGACGCCGAUUCAUCGUCCUCGGCAUCUUCAACCCCGACGGCGCGUGGCGUCAAAGACGAUCUCUCAGAGCUCACCAAAACCCUAUCCCGUCAGUUCUGGGGCGUUGCUACCUUCCUCGCCCCUCCGCCCGAUUCCACUUCUCCUCAUUCCACUCAGAUCUCCGAUUCCAGCCAUCCUAAGCCGUCCGAUCGGUCGGAGACCGAAGAAGAGGAGUCCGAUCCUAAGAUCUCCGAAGAGGAUGUCAUCGCCGGAAUCCGCAGCGAUUUCGCCGAGAUCGGAGGGAGAUUCAAGAGCGGGAUUUCUAAGCUGUCCAAUAACAUGGCGGUAUCGGAGUUCACUAAGAUCGCUUCGAAUUUCCUUCAGUUUGGGUCGGAGGAGGAUGAUUUACGGGCAAGAGGUGCGGUUGGAGUGACCGAUGAAGUGCUCGCUUUCGCCAGAAACAUCGCUAUGCAUCCAGAGACUUGGCUUGAUUUUCCUCUGCCUGAUGACGAUGGGUCAGAUGAUUUUGAAUUGUCUGAUGCCCAACAAGAGCAUGCUCUUGCUGUUGAACAUCUUACACCAAGAUUAGCUGCCUUAAGGAUUGAACUUUGCCCUGGUCAUAUGAGUGAGAGUUACUUUUGGAAGAUUUACUUUGUGCUACUGCAUCCUAGACUUAAUAAACAAGAUGCUGAACUUUUGUCGACACCCCAAAUAGUGGAAGCUAGAUCAAUGUUGACUCAGGAGUUACAGCACAGAGCCAAGGGAAAGCCAGACUCGGCUUCUUCUGAAAGUGGCUCCAUUCGGUCAAAAGGAACUGCUGAUUCACCAACAGAACAACAUCUUUCUGUGCCAUCUGGUGCUCAAGCUGACAUAUUGCCUCUUGAAACAUCUAAGACUGCAUCUGAUCCAACCCCUGAGGCUGGUGAUGUUGUGACUGAGAAGCACCCUGUCCAAAGUACUGAGAUUAAAGUUAUCGACAAGCCUGUUGUUGAGGAAGAGCCAUUGAAUCAGAAAAAGUAUAAGGAGACACUGUCUGGUUCUUCCUCAAAAACAUAUGAUGAGAAAUUUGAGGAUGAUGCUGAUGAUUGGUUGAAAGAGGAUACUUCUGAGAUGGUUGGUGUCAGUGGAACGUCUAUCCCUAUAGAGAAUGAUGAGGAUGUAUCUUUUAGUGACCUUGAAGAAGAUGAUGGAGAGGUGCCCUCAAGUUAUAAGAAAGCGACAUCUGGCUCUGAUUCUUCAGCAAAAGAGUCACGGGAUUGGGUUCAGCUAAGCAGAAGCUCUGCUGAUUCAGACAAGGAAAUCAACACUAUCGAGAUCAGACAUGUUGGAUCUGAGCAGGUAAGUCCGCCCAACACUGAGACUAAGGAAGCUAACGACUGGCUUGAUGUUGAUGACAUUGAUGUUAUGUGACAAGUUCAUAAAAAUCUGUACUUAUGGCGUUAUCAUUCAUCUCUUGCUGUGAAUAUCCUGUGAAUGGUUUCUUUAGUCUUAAAUCAGACUUUGGGAACUGUAUGUUUGUACAUAAAGCCAUAUACUGGAUGACUUGGAUGAUUAUUUGCUUACAAAGAAUGUAUUUUAAGUAUAGUGAAUACGGCAUCAUCAAUAAUUUCGAUGUUUUUAUUUAAUUUGGUUAACUUAUGUUAUUGUGA